AUGGCGGCGGCUCGGCGGGCGCGGGCGGGCGGCUCCAGCGCGGGGCCGGGCUUCGGGCGGGCGGCCGAGCCGGAGCCGCCGGUGCCGCAGGGGCUGCUGCGGCUGGCGCGGCGCAGCGGGCAGCUCAACCUGGCGGGACGCGGCCUCACCCACGUGCCCGAGCACGUGUGGAGGAUCAACCUGGACACUCCGGAGGAAGCCCAGCAGAACCUGUCCUUUGGAGCUGCCGAUCGCUGGUGGGAGCAGACGGACCUGACCAAGCUGAUCCUGGCCUCCAACAAGCUGCAGAGCCUCUCGGAGGAUGUGCAGCUGCUGCCUGCCCUCACCAUGCUGGAUGUGCAUGAUAAUCAACUGACAUCACUUCCUUCUGCUUUAGGGCAACUUGAAAAUCUCCAGAAACUCGAUGUCAGCCACAACAAGCUGAGGAGCCUUCCCGAGGAGCUGCUGCAGCUGCCCCGCCUGAGGAGCCUCCUGGUGCAGCACAACGAGCUGAGCCAGCUGCCCGAGGGGCUGGGGCAGCUCCUCAGCUUGGAGGAGCUGGAUGUGUCCAACAAUCAGCUCACAGCCAUCCCCACCAGUUUUGCUCUGCUGGUGAACGUGGUGCGGCUCAAUCUGGCCUGUAACCAGCUCAAGGAGCUGCCCGCAGAUCUCAGUGCCAUGAAAAGCUUGAGGCAGCUGGAUUGUACCAAAAAUUACCUGGAAACGGUACCUCCUAAAUUGGCAGCCAUGGCAUCCCUGGAGCAGCUUUACCUGAGGAAAAACAAACUGCGUUCCUUGCCGGAGCUUCCCUCCUGCAAGUUACUGAAGGAGUUACACGCUGGGGAGAAUCAGAUUGAAAUCCUGAACGCAGAGAAUCUGAAACAGCUGAGCUCCCUGUGUGUGCUGGAGCUCAGGGACAACAAGAUCAAGGCAGUGCCCGAGGAGAUCACGGUGCUGCAGAAGCUGGAGAGACUGGACCUGGCCAACAAUGACAUCAGUAGGUUGCCUUACACCCUGGGGAACCUCCCUCAGCUGAAAUUCCUGGCGCUGGAGGGAAAUCCUUUGAGGACCAUUCGGAGAGACCUGCUGCAAAAAGGCACCCAGGAACUGCUGAAGUAUCUGAGAAGCAAAAUCCAAGAUGAUGGACCUGGCCCCAGUGAAGAGCCUCCUGCGACAGCCAUGACUCUUCCCAGCCAGUCCAAGGUCAACCUCCACGCCAUAACCACGCUGAAGUUAUUGGAGUACAGCGACAAGCAGGCUGCCGAGAUCCCCGGGGCCGUGUUCGAUGCCGUGGGCGCCAAUCCCGUGGCCACCGUCAACUUCAGCAAGAACCAGCUCAGGGAGAUCCCCCCAAGGCUCGUGGAGCUGAAAGAUUCCGUUUGUGAUGUCAGCCUGGGCUUCAACAAAAUCUCCUCCGUUUCCUCGGAGCUGUGCCUGCUGCAGAAAUUGACACAUUUGGAUCUCAGAAACAAUGUUCUGACAGCCUUGCCUGAGGAAAUGGAGGCACUGAAAAGGCUGCACACAAUAAAUCUUGCUUUUAACAGAUUUAAGGUGUUUCCCAGUGUCCUGUAUCACCUCCCAGCCCUGGAGACCAUCCUGCUCAGCAACAACCAGGUGGGCUCCAUCGACCCCGUGCAGCUGAAGGGGAUGGAGAAGCUGGGAACGCUGGACCUGCAGAACAACGACCUCCUGCAGGUGCCCCCAGAGCUGGGCAACUGUGAGAACCUCAGGAGCCUGCUGCUGGAAGGGAACCCGUUCCGCACGCCCCGCGCCGCCGUGCUGGCCAAGGGCACGGCUGCCGUGCUGGAAUACCUGCGGAGCCGCAUCCCCACCUGAGCUGGGCAUUCCCUGCUGAGCCUGGGCAUUCCCUGCUGAGCCUGGGCAUUCCCAUCUCAUCCCUGAGCAUUCCCUGCUGAGCCUGGCCUGGCCAGGGGCACAGCUGCCGUGCUGGAAUACCUGCGGAGCCGCAUCCCCACCUGAGCUGGGCAUUCCCUGCGGAACUGGGGAUUCCCUCCUGGGCCUGGGCAUUCCCUGCUGAGCCCUUGGCAUUCCCUCUUGAGCUCUGGGCAUUCCCUGCUGAGCCCUUGGCAUUCCCUCCUGAGCUCUGGGCAUUCCCACCUGAGCCUGGGCAUUCCCACCUCAUCCCUGAGCAUUCCCUGCUGAGCCUGGGCAUUCCCACCUCAUCCUUGAGCAUUCCCUGCUGAGCCUGGGCAUUCCCACCUCAUCCUUGAGCAUUCCCUGCUGAGCCUGGCCUGGCCAAGGGCACGGCUGCCGUGCUGGAAUACCUGCGGAGCCGCAUCCCCACCUGAGCUGGGCAUUCCCUGCGGAACUGGGGAUUCCCUCCUGGGCCUGGGCAUUCCCUGCUGAGCCCUGGGCAUUCCCUCCUGAGCUCUGGGCAUUCCCUGCUGAGCCCUGGGCAUUCCCUCCUGAGCUCUGGGCGUUCCCUGCUGAGCAUGGGCAUUCCCAUCUCAUCCUUGAGCAUUCCCUGCUGAACCUGGGCAUUCCCACCACAUCCUUGAGCAUUCCCUGCUGAGCCCUGGGCAUUCCCUCCUGAGCCCUGAGCAUUCCCUCCUGAGCCUGGGCAUUCCCACCUUAUCCUUGAGCAUUCCCUGCUGAGCCUGGCCUGGCCAAGGGCACGGCUGCCGUGCUGGAAUACCUGCGGAGCCGCAUCCCCACCUGAGCUGGGCAUUCCCUGUGGAACUGGGGAUUGCCUCCUGGGCCUGGGCAUUCCCUGCUGAGCCCUUGGCAUUCCGUCCUGAGCUCUGGGCAUUCCCACCUGAGCCUGGGCAUUCCCACCUCAUCCUUGAGCAUUCCCUGCUGAGCCUGGGCAUUCCCACCUCAUCCCUGAGCAUUCCCUCCUGAGCUCUGGGCAUUCCCUGCUGAGCCUUGAGCAUUCCCACCUCAUCCUUGAGCAUUCCCUGCUGAGCCUGGGCAUUCCCACCUCAUCCUUGAGCAUUCCCUCCUGAGCCUGGCCUGGCCAAGGGCACGGCUGCCGUGCUGGAAUACCUGCGGAGCCGCAUCCCCACCUGAGCUGGGCAUUCCCUGCUGAGCCUGGGCAUUCCCACCUCAGCCCUGAGCCCUGAGCAUUCCCACCUGAGACCUGAACAUUUCCUCCUGAGCCUGCCUGGCCAAGGGCACGGCUGAUGUGCUGGAAUACCUGUGGAGCCGCAUUCCCACCUGAGCUGGGCAUUCCCUGCUGGGUUCUGGGCAUUCCCACCUCAGCCCUGAGCCCUGAGCAUUCUCUCCUGAACCUGGGCAUUCCCAUCUCAUCCCUGAGCAUUCCCUGCUGAGCCUGGCCUGGCCAGGGGCACGGCUGCCGUGCUGGAAUACCUGCGGAGCCGCAUCCCCACCUGUGCCUAGGCAUUCCCUGCAGAACUGGGGAUUCCCUCCUGAGCUCUGGGCAUUCCCUGCUGAGCCUGGCCUGGCCAAGGGCAAGGCUGCACUGCUGGAAAACCUGCAGAGCCACAUUCCAGCGCCUCAGGAGCAGCCAGGUACCGCCUGUUCCACCAGCACCCCUUCUUCUCCCUGCUGGGAGUCUGCCCGGCCUUUGCUGCAGUGUCAGGAACCCGGCUGUGACACGUUCCCUGCCCUCUGCAUGUUCCAGCAGGGAUUUCUGCCUCCCACGCUCUGUUUACACUGUUUGUAAUAAAGGGCAGCGAGGAAAGCUGCCUUCAGCACAGCCACGGCGCUUCCCGCAGCUGAGCUGGGGUUAGAAGCGCCGGGCCCAGGGCAGAAGGGAACACUGUGGGGUUUGUAUCCCUUUUUUAUCUCGUGUCACUGCUGUCCCCACGCUGCCCCCGGUGUGAGUGUGGUCGAGUGCUUGAGCUGUGAGGUGGUGAGAGGUGCCCCAGGUGUGUGCAGGGCUCCCCUGAGUGAGAGCGGGGCUGGUGCUGCGCCGAGACAAUAAAUGUUCUUGGAUGUCUGCUUUGGGUCCUCCAA